GGGUCUCUGAGGCAGCAGCUCUCAUCCUCUCUGAGCCUCUCUGAGCACCUUCUGUGAGCUAUCUCUGUCUCUCUGAACACUCCACUCUCUCUCUUGAUACCAUGACUUCCUGCAGCAGACAGUUCACCUCUUCCAGCUCCAUGAAGGGCUCUUAUGGUCUUGGAGGGGGCUCCAGCCGUGUCUCCAUGCUCGGUGGGGGCUCCUGCAGGGCUCCUAGUGCCUAUGGGGGCUCAGGCUUUGGGGGCAUGUCAGUGACAACCUCCCGCUUCUCCUCUGGGGGAGGCUAUGGCCUGGGAGGAGGCUAUGGUGGGGGCUUCAGCAGCAGCAGCAGCUUUGGAGGGGCCCUAGGCAGUGGCUUUGGUGGAGGCUAUGGAGGUGGAGCUGGUUUUGGUGGGGGCCUGGGUGGUGGUUUUGGUGGUGGCUAUGGUGGUGGCUAUGGUGGUAUGGAUGGCCUCCUGGCUGGUGGGGAGAAGGUGACCAUGCAGAACCUCAAUGACCGCCUGGCCAGCUACCUGGACAAGGUGAGGGCCCUGGAGGAGGCCAACACUGACCUGGAGGUGAAGAUCCGGGACUGGUACCAGAGGCAGAGGCCGACUGAAGAGAGAGACUACAGCCCUUACUUCAAGACCAUUGAGGAUCUCAAGAACAAGAUCCUUGAAGCUCGUGUGGAAAACGCCAGAAUUCUCCUGCAGGUCGACAAUGCCCGCCUGGCUGCUGAUGACUUCAGGACCAAGUACGAGACUGAGCUGAACUUGCGUAUGAGUGUGGAGGCUGACAUCAAUGGCCUGCGCAGGGUGCUGGAUGAGUUGACUCUGGCCAGGGCUGACCUGGAAAUGCAGAUUGAGAACCUGAAGGAGGAGCUGGCCUACCUCAGGAAGAACCAUGAGGAGGAAAUGAAUGCUCUGAGAGGCCAAGUGGGUGGAGAUGUCAAUGUGGAGAUGGAUGCAGCACCUGGUGUGGACUUGAGCCGAACCCUGGCUGAGAUGCGAGAGCAGUAUGAGAAGAUGGCAGAAAAGAACCGCAAGGAUGCUGAGGACUGGUUCUUCAGCAAGACUGAAGAGCUGAACCGGGAAGUAGCCUCCAACAGUGAGAUGGUGCAGAGUGGGAAGAGUGAGAUCUCUGAGCUCCGACGCAGCAUUCAGAGCCUUGAGAUUGAACUGCAGUCACAGCUCAGCAUGAAAGCCUCUUUGGAGAACAGCUUGGAGGAGACCAAAGGCCGUUACUGUCUUCAGCUGUCCCAGAUCCAGGGGCUCAUCAGCAACGUUGAGGAACAGCUAGCUCAGCUCCGUUGUGAGAUGGAGCAGCAGAAUCAAGAAUACAAGAUCCUUCUGGAUGUGAAGACCCGUCUGGAGCAGGAGAUUGCCACCUACCGCCAGCUGCUGGAGGGAGAGGAUGCCCACCUUGCUUCCCAAUUUUCAUCUAACUCUCAAUCCUCCAGAGAUGUGACCUCCACUAGCCGUCAGGUGUACACCAAAGUAUUAGAUGUCCACGACGGCAAGGUGGUAUCCAGCCACGAGCAGGUCCUUCGCAGCAAGAACUGAAUUCUCCAUGCUGACCAGACCAGAGAGGCCCACAGCCUGCACUCAGACCUGCUUCAUCCCCUGCCAGACUGGGCAGUGGACAAUGGCCACCAAGUUUAAUUCACCUCCAGCUUGCUCUCCCUCAUUUCCCAAGUGCGGGGCUGCCCUCUGACUUUGGGCAAACCAAUAAAGCUUUUUUUUCUUGAUGCAAA